UUUGAGCUCGUGUGUGUGGCAAAGGUAAAAGUUUUUACAAUUACACACACCCUUCUCAGUUAUCAUAGAACGAAAAACACAAUGGCUGUCUUUCCAAGAACUGUUGCCUCUUCUCUUUUGCUCCUUUUCCUUCUCUUCGGUUUCUCUGCAGCUAAGGAACUAUUGGUGGGAGGCAAAAUUGAUGCAUGGAAGAUUCCAUCCUCUGAAGCAGAUUCCCUCAACCAAUGGGCUGAAAGGUCUCGUUUCAGAGUAGGCGAUCAUCUUGUAUGGAAAUAUGAGAGUGGAAAAGACUCUGUUUUGGAAGUAACAAAGGAAGAUUAUGCUAAUUGCAGCUCUUCAAAGCCCAUUAAAGAGUACAGUGAUGGCAACACUAAGGUGAGGCUUGACCAUCCUGGAGCAUACUACUUCAUAAGUGGGGCAAAGGGGCACUGUGAGAAGGGGCAAAAAGUGAUUGUGAUUGUAAUGUCUCAAAGGCACAGUUACACAGGGAUUUCUCCUGCACCUUCUCCAGCAGAGUUGGAAGAAGGACCAGCAGUUGCUCCUACUAGCAGUGCCACGGCGUUGCAAGCUGUUAUUGUGUUUGUUCUUGGAAUGUUGGCUAUGUAUGUGGGUUUUCUCAUGUAA